AUGUUGAAUUGGCCACUCCUGCAUCGCAACAAGGUUGAAGACUCCAAAGUUUAUGUACCGGUGCAAGCAUGUUCCCAUGCAAGGGAUAGAAGCCUCGAGAAGUUAUCGCAAAAACCUUUGGCUUCAUGGGAUGCAUUAGAAUAUGCUCAUCGGAUUCCAAAGCGCGUACUCACAGAGCGUGAAGCGGAUACAGAUAUUCUACCAUCAAAGCGGCUGAAACCCGACCAGCCGAAUAUGCUUGAGGCGGAAUUCCUCGUCAGGCCGCUUGGGCGCGGCACCUCCCGCAAGGGGCCCUCGCUUGCAGAUAGCGCGGCAGUCAUCGCGGCCCCAUUGGCGACAGUUCCACCCUCCAACCAGUUUGCCACAUUGGUACCGCCUACAGCAGAGGACAGCAUACUCGGUGGUUCAGCACAUAAAGGAUCCAGGGCGCACAAGAAGCUAUCCUCUGACCAACAGGCUAAUGAGGAGAAGCGGCUACUCGAGCUGAUCGUAGACGUGGUUGUAAAAUGUAUGUCGGAGUAUCGUAAGGCGAUACUCCAAGACAUCCUCAAAAAGCUUGCUGAAGAGUUGACACUUGCCAUUGCGGAAGUGAAGAAGUGGAGGAGAUAUAAGCACGGGAAGUUGGAUUCGCUGCCCCAGGAGAAAAGCGAGAACGUCAAGAAAUUCGCGGAGGGGCGUAUCGCGAAGGUGAGGAAGCUGAAAGUGGAGAAGGCGGGUGAGGAACGCCCUGCAGCGGCCCGGGACCCGGGUGGGGGACCCGUCCACCUCGGGUCCGUCGGGCUUCGAUCCUUCGUCGGCAGAAAAUAUGAACGUCGGAGGCGAGUUAGAAGAAUGUUGACGGAGGUUGGUCAGGACCUCGGAAUAUUGGCUGAGAACCCUUAG